AUGGCUGGGGUUCUGCACUCAAUAUUUCUGAGGCCUCCAGGCAGACUACAGUCUGUGAAGAAAGGUUCAGAAUCUCUCAUCCGUACAGAGUGGAUUUAUCACAAAUUUAUCAGAUCAAGACUUCCAGAUAAAGUAUUUGAGCCUAGACCUGAAGGUCAUGAAAAACAUAAUGGGGAUCCACACAACCCUCAUAAACUGCAUAUUGUUACAAGAAUAAGUAUAAAGAGGUGUCUAUUCUGGGAAAAACAUACAAUCAAGGAGCUCAGACUGCAGAAGGCACACAGCCUUCAGAGUCACAAGGACAUCCAGCAGGUAAAUGCAAAGCCUGAAGUAGUUAAGCACUUGAUGCGCAUCCAGCCCCUGAAGCUGCCACAGGGACUUCCCACAGAAGAGACCAUGUCCAGCAUGUGCCUCAAGAGCACUGGGGAAUUGGUUGUGCAGUCGCAUCUGAAUCCUGUGGAGCAGGAAGCAAAGUCCUGA